GGUUCCAGGCCGCACUGCACAGGCGCCAAGCGAAUCCGUUUCCAUGGCGGCGAGAAUGCACGCGCCACAACCGCCCGGCAACUGUCCCGUCCCAGAUUUCAGCCCCGCCGAAGUCCGUCGUCCGAGAGUGUGUCAACUGCCCGACCCCGACUGCUAUCCGAGAUCAGCUGGAUCUUGGCUCCAACAUGGGCGACUUGGAACUGCUGCUGCCGGGAGAGGCUGAGGUGCUGGUGCGAGGUCUGCGUAGCUUCCAGCUACGGGAGAUGGGCUCCGAACGGUGGAACCAGCAGCAUGAGAACCUGGAGAAGCUGAACAUGCAAGCCAUCCUCGAUGCCACUGUCAGUCAGGGGGAGCCCAUCCAGGAGCUCCUGGUCACCCAUGGGAAGAUUCCUGCGCUGGUGGAAGAGCUGAUUGCAGUGGAGAUGUGGAAGCAGAAGGUGUUCCCUGUACUGUGCAGGCUAGAGGACUUCAAGCCCCAAAACACCUUCCCCAUAUACAUGGUGGUACACCAUGAGGCCUCCAUUGUCAACCUCCUAGAGACAGUGUUCUUCCACAAGGAAGUAUGUGAGUCAGCAGAGGACACCAUCUUGGACCUGGUAGACUACUGCCACCGCAAACUGACACUGCUGGUGGCCCGGAAUGGCCAUGGUGCCCCACUUGAGAAAGAUGGGUCCCUGGACAAUACCCCCAUGCAGGAGCUGCAGAGGCAGGCAGAGAUGAUGGAAUUUGAGAUUUCACUAAAGGCCCUCUCAGUGCUGCGCUACAUCACAGACUGUGUAGACAGCCUUUCCCUAAAUACCUUGAGCCGAAUGCUUAGCACUCACAACCUGCCCUGCCUCCUGGUGGAACUGCUGGAGCACAGUCCCUGGAGCCGGCGGGAAGGAGGCAAGCUACAGCAAUUCGAGGGUGGUCGUUGGCAGACAGUGGCCCCCUCAGAGCAGCAAAAGCUGAGCAAGUUGGAUGGGCAAGUGUGGAUCGCUUUGUAUAACCUGCUGCUAAGCCCUGAGGCCCGGGCCCGCUACUGCCUCACAAACUUUGCUAAGGGACAGCUGCUCAAGCUUCGGGCCUUCCUAACUGACACACUACUUGACCAGUUGCCAAACCUGGCAGACCUGCAGGGUUUCCUGGCUCACUUGGCCCUGGUUGAGACGCAGUUCCCUAAGAAGGACCUGGUGUUGGAACAGAUCCCAGAAAUCUGGGAGCGGCUGGAGCGAGAGAACAAGGGCAAAUGGCAGGCUAUUGCCAAACACCAGCUUAGCCAUGUGUUCAACCCCUCUGAGCAGGAUCUUCGGCUGCAAGCACGACGGUGGGCUGAGACCUACAGGCUGGAUGUGCUGCAGGCAGUGGCUCCAGAGAGGCCACGCUGUGCCUACUGCAGUGCAGAGGCCUCAAAGCGCUGUUCAAGAUGUCAGAGUGAAUGGUAUUGCUGCAGGGAGUGCCAAGUCAAGCACUGGGAGAAGCAUAAAAAGGCUUGUGUCCUGGCAGCCCAGGGUGACAGAGCCAAGUGAAGGCUGCAGCUGCUGAGAGCCAACCAAGGCAACCUACUCAGAAUGUGUCGCUGAACCUCAGAAUCUCCGUCUGGUCCCUGCCAGAUUCCAGUUUCCCUGGUGGUUAGUACAGCUGGGCCAAGUAGAGCUGCUGACCCAUCCCAUCCCCCCUCCCACUAAGCGAGGGCUCCCCACUUCCUGCCCCACCCGAUGAGGC